AUGCACGAGCGCCCGGCCCCGCGCCCCGAGCCCGGCUGGAUGCCCAUCGAGUCGCAGGAUCACAUUUAUUGCUCCUGCUCUGCGCCCCUGAGGAGGGCGUGGCUGGCGAGCGGGGCGGCUUGCAUGUGCCGCCCCUUUCGUGAUACCGCCGCGUGUGCAUGUUGUAACGUGCUGCUGCUGGCCCCGCCGUCCCCCAUGCGAGAGGACACGCAGACCCGCCUCUUCCUCGACUGCGCCCACUAUGGUGGGCAUGUCGCGCCAUUGAGCAGUUCUGCCAACAUGAGCAACCUGUUCUCUGUCAGCCGCUGCUCCCGAGGAACUCCGCCCGCGUCACGGCCUUCCCAAGGCCUCUGUCUCAAACGCGCCGCCCGUCGGCGUCUUGUUGCAGAGGGCCGCGAGUGCGUCAACUGCGGCGCCACCUCCACGCCGCUGUGGCGUCGCGACGGCACCGGCCACUACCUCUGCAACGCCUGCGGCCUCUACUACAAGAUGAACGGCCAGAACCGGCCGCUGAUCAAGCCCAAGCGACGACUAGGGAACGAGGAAGCAAGUGGAGUGGAGUUCAUGAAGCAAGUGGGUGGAGUAAAAGGAGAAUAA